UCAGUUGGUAUUAAAUUAUCCGCUCGCUCGCCUGUUGCGGUUGUGCUGGGAAAAUGGAAGCCGGCCUUCCCUCCGCUGCCGCUCUUGUCUCCAUCCCAUCAGCUGCAGUCAAUAGCAGAAGAAGCGUCCACCAGUUCAGUUCCACCUCCUCCUGUUGUUCUUCCCCUUCGUUACUUCGCAGAUGCCCAUCGCUUCAACCUUCCGCCGUCUCGUUCCCGUCUCCCGCGGUUGUGAGGCGGAGCGCCUGGGGGUUUUCGGCCUCCUGCUGCCUCCCGCUCGACUCCAAGAAAACAGCUCCGAUUUCGACAAAGCUUUAUGUCAGCGGUCUUUCGUUUCGCACAACCGAGGAAAGUCUUAGGAAGGCUUUCCAAAAUUUUGGUCAGCUUGUAGAAGUUAACCUAGUCAUGGACAGAAUAGCAAAUAGACCAAGAGGCUUUGCUUUUCUUCGUUAUGCCUCGGAAGAGGAAUCCAGAAAUGCCAUCGAGGGGAUGCAUGGAACGUUCCUUGAUGGGAGGGUCAUUUUUGUGGAAGUUGCAAAGCCAAGGUCAGAAGUACGCCCGAGUCCGAGACAAUCUCCAAGGCGAUAUUGAGUCGAGCUGCUGCAUAACUUGACAGCCAUUUUGUAUCUGUUUCCUCGAAACUUUCGUCUUCGGUAAGUAUGAACUCUGACAGCAUGAUUUGUAAAUCGCAAAUACUUUGUGAUAUUGUUUACACCAUAUUACCACUUUCUUGUUUUCUAUAUAUUAUUGAUAUAGAAAAAUUAUCUAACACCUCUAGCAGUUACAUAGUUCCCUCAAGCUACAUAUUACCAAUAUGUUAGGUCCUCUUAAUGAUUUAGUAAUAAUUUGUUGACUACUCCUUAGAACUGACAAAGAAAUGGCAAUCACAUUACUUUAAAUCUUC